UGUGAGGUGCAGUGGGAUUGGUGGCCCAGAUGUCUGCAGCUCUUAGGGAAAUUUUUUGCUUUAGAUUUGUAUACCUGAAUUCUUCCUCUCUUAAAUGUGGUGGAGUGAUAUAGAAUAUUUCAGUUGGAAGAGGCUACAACAAUUAUCUGUCUUGCAUUGGGUUUCCGCUGUGCCCACGCCUCUGACAGUGGUCACUGAGACACUUGUUUUCUGAUAAAGAGGAAGGAAAAACCACCAGCGGUUGUCCUGGAUGCUCAGUGACAGGGUGAGCCCAGGCAGGGAGGUGUUCCUGAUUUGCAGCAGCUUGGGGAACACGGGUCAGUGUGGCUGGAGAGGGAGCAGCCGUGCCCCGGGAAGGAUGGGAAUGGUGCUGCGAGUGGCCGUGCUCCUGAGCUCCCUUCUCCGCUGCAGCGCUUUUCUAGACCUGAGUGGCCCCAGUGAGAUCAAAGGUGUCUGGAAGGACUCUACCACUCUGCCUUGUACCUAUGUGCCUCUGGAGGACCUUGUGCAGCAAACCCUCACCUGGACUGUGGUACAUGAAAAAGGUUCAGGCACCAUCUUUCGGAGGGAUGUCUCUGGUGACCACGUGUUCCUGUCUGAGUACAGGAACAGAGUCAGCAUCCCAAAGGAUGCCCCAGGAAAUGUGUCUCUCCUCAUCCUGAACCUGGAGAUCUCUGACAGAGGAACCUACACUUGCCAGGUCACCUGGAGAGACAGCAACAACAGCCUGAUAGCAAAGGAGAUCACCACCAAAUUGGAGGUUGUUAAAGUGGCAGCCACCAAGCCCAUCAUCAGGGCUGGACAGCUGGGGCUGACGCUCCCGGCCGGAGGCAGCACCAGCCUCACCUGCGAGGCCAGCGGCUCCCCUCCCAUCAGCUACCGCUGGUUCCGGGCCACCCCGGCGGGCAAAGNUGAGGAACCCAUCUGUUUCACUGAAAACAACUACGUGAUGGAGUUCAGGGAAAACAAAAUCUCUGAAGAAGUAAAUAAGAACGAGUCUGACUGUGUUGCAAACGCCCAGGAAUCCGAGUAUGAAGUAGGGGAAACUUCCUGAGAACCAACAAUGUUCUGCAGAUACCAGUCCUGAGGAGCACCUUCACCCAGACAAAAUACACAUUUCUUUUCACUUUGCUCCUGACAAAUAAGUUGGACAAGCAGUGGCUGCUCUCUCUUCAGAGAGAGUGCAAAUGCAUACCUCCUCAGGAACCUGAGUUACAGACUGCUGUAUAGAACUCCUGGUUCUGUUCUCCUUGACUCCCUCUCACCACCUCUAUCCAAGAAAGCACUUUGAAUGCUGCAGCAUGCAGGUCCCAGGUUAGGAGCACUGUACUGAACUUAAUGCUUUCUAUGGCCAAAAGGACCGGUGUUUCCAGCCUUUGUGUGGUAGGGGGAGAGCCAACACUCAGGGCUGCUCAGCAUCCCCACCUGUGUGGGUGAGCAGGGCAGGAUGCAGCUGGCUUGAGAAUCAAUGCUCCUUCUCCUGCCCACCUGAAGCUGGACAGAUUUAAUAGAAGAGAGAUCUUGAAGGAACAAGAAACUCAGGACCCUGGCACUAGGAGAAGCAGUGCAGGAAGCAGGAAUGGCCUGUGCAGUCCUUGUGCUGCCCCUGAUCCCUCUCCACAGCACUGCAGCGAGGUCACUGGCCACAGCUCUGGGUGCUUCUGAUGCUGCAACCAGGCACAUUCUUUCUGAGCUCACCUUCUCUGUUCUCUCUCUAAAGUGCACGAUGGAUGGCAUGAAUAGAAUCUCUCAAGAAAUCCACCCCAGUUAAAAUACUGUGUUUGGUUGUGUACAGUUAAUGUUCUGGUCCCAUUUGUAAACCUUGUUUGUUGUACCCCUUGUUUACCCCCAUAGUUGUUAGUAAUGUUAAUUACUUACUGGUUGUUUUAAGAGUUCUCUUAUGAGAUGUACCUCUACCCCCUUUCCCUCGCUUCCCUGUUCCUGUGUAACAGUGCUGCUCCCAGGGGGCUGUGCACCCCGAGUCAUACACAAACUAAGGUACACCAGACAUAAAAACGACAAGCCAGCAAGAAAAUAAAAGGUCAAAGAGACAUAUCCCAGCAAGCUAUGAUGGAAAACCAUCUGCUUGCAUCACCUGAGCCUGCUUAAGAGUGGUCUCCAUGGCCUAAAGAGGACUGGAAAGGAGUGACCCCCUGGACAAUGAGGCUGGCUGCUCCUGUGAGGAUGGAAGCCCCAGCUCUGCAGGGUGUGCUGCAAGCUGAAUUGUGCCUCCUCCUCCUCCUUGGAGCUGCUGGUGUGGGAGCAGUGGUGUUGUGAGUGACCCCUCGGGCCCCCACCCCAAGGCUGAGUCCUAAUAAAGGCAUAAAACAGGAGUCUGUCUCCUGACCAAUUUAUUUCAAUGGACAUUUGAAAGAAGUUAGAUAAUUUUCCUUAAGUUUGGAGUAGGAUUGCUUACACAUGCCUCACAUUGCUGUGUGCAUUUCUGAACAACUGGCUCAUUUUGGAAUGCCAGCAAGCCACUCACAGCCCCUCACUA